GAGAUCUCUUCCCUAAGUUAUUGUAACUGUGAUCUUAAAUGUCUACUGCCUGUAAACUGUUACUGUAAGUGUCUUAAGGAUUGUUCCACAUGCAUGUACAAUAAUUUUUAAGGGUCAUUGAACAAGCAUGAAAAACAUUGUUUAAACCCUCUCCAAUAAAGAUCUGUAACAUUUAUUUGGAUUUUACAAAAUUAUCUUCAAAAUACAGUAUCCUGAAAAGGAACUUUUUUUUUUUUUUUUUUUUUUUUUUUACCAUAACCAGCCAGUAGAGAGCGGUGUGUAUUGUGUGGUGGGGGCGGGUGUUCAGGAUAGGUGUGCUGGUCACCUGUUUAUGUAAGUUGAUGAUAAUCUCUCACAUGUGGAAAUGGAUAGGCACGGCUAGCAGGGAAAUAUUUUACGUACUGAAGAUAUUUUUAUAAGAAUUAUAUUUUUAGAUAUUUAUAUAAGAAUUACAUUGAAAAUAUGUCAUUUGAUUGAUGCAGUGUUUGAUGUGUGCUGGCACGACUAAACACUUAAGAAACAGGAUGUACAUAAACUGAAAACUCUGAAAAUUCUGAUUUAUUUUAAAGGUAGGCUACAUAUUAUCUGAUUUAAGUAAAUUUUGUGCUGAGAUGUUUGAUGUUUUGUUAUCUGAUUUAUCUUUAUUUUCAUGUUUUACAUACUGUGUACUUUGUACUGAUGUGUACCUUGUACCUGAACAACACGUUUAGCUGUCAAUGGACGGAAGAAAUCACUUUGUCAUUUCUCUAUCCACUGGUCAUGUUUAAUGCUGUGAAAUGACAGGCUAUGUGUUUUGUGUGAUGUGAAUAGAACAACAAUGGCAGAAUCUUCAUCAGCGUCACCAAAACCGACUGAGGCCAGGAGAACGAGUCUGGAUGCACCUCCAAUGACUCUGUCCAGUGGUCCUCUGUCAGAGGAGCUCCAGUGUUCGAUCUGUCUGGAUGUGUUCACUGAUCCAGUCAGCACUCCAUGUGGACACAACUUCUGUAAGAGCUGCCUGAACCAGUGCUGGGACAACAGUCACACCUACAAAUGUCCAUUAUGUAAAGAAACGUUCAGUAAAAGACCCGACCUCAAGAUCAACACAGCACUUAGAGAGGUUGUGCUGCUUUUUAAGGAAAAAUCUAGUCAGAGUAAAUCUGAGGUUCUCUGUGACAUCUGUGAUGAUAUAAAGAUGAAAGCCCUGAAGAUGUGCCUGGUGUGUCAGAUCUCUUACUGUGAAACUCACCUGGAGCCUCAUCAGAGAGUCCCAAAUUUAAAGAAACACAAACUGAUCGAUCCUGUGGAGAAUCUUGAGGACUAUAUCUGUCAGAAACACAAGAAACCUCUGGAGCUGUUCUGUAGAGAUGAUCAGACAUGUGUGUGUUUGCUCUGCACUGAUGUAACAGACCACAAGACUCACAAUACUGUUUCUGUAGAAGAGGAGAGUAGAGAGAGAAGGUCUCAGCUGAUGAAAAUACAGACAGAUGUGCAGCAGAUGAUCCAGGACAGAAUGAAGAGGAUUCAAGACCUCAAACGCUCAGCAAAACUAAAAAAAGAAAAGUCAGAGAAAGAGAAAGCAGAGAGUAUUGAGCUCUUCACUGAUCUGAUCCGCUCCAUUGAGAGAUGUCAGUCUGAGCUGCUGGAGAUGAUGGAGGAGAAGCAGAAAGCAGCAGAGAAGCAGGCUGAAGAGCUCAUUAAAGAGCUGGAGCAGGAGAUCACUGAGCUAAAGAGGAGAGACACUGAGCUGGAGCAGCUCUCACACACUGAGGAUCACCUGCACCUCCUACAGAUUUACCCAUCCCUGAGCAGACCUGCACACACCAGCAGCUGCACUGAGAUCAGUCUUAGUGACACUCAUGAGAGUGUGGAGACUCUGAGGAAAGCUUUGAUUCAGCUGCAGGAGACUCUAAAUGAGAAACUCAAUAAAACUGUUGAAUUGAAGAGGAUACAGCAAUAUGCAGUGGAUGUGACUCUGGAUCCUGAUACAUCUUAUUCAAAACUCAUCCUGUCUGAUGAUGGAAAACAAGUAACAUAUGAAGACAUUAAGCAUGAACUCCCAGACAACCAAGAGCGGUUUGACACUUGUUGCUCUGUUUUGGCAAAAGAGGGAUUCAGCUCAGGAAGAUUUUAUUUUGAGGUGCAGGUAAAGGGAAAGACUGAGUGGGAUUUAGGAGUGGUCAAAGAAUCCAUUAACAGGAAAGGUAUAAUCAUAGCAGCUCCUGAAGCUGGAUACUGGACUGUAGUUUUGAGGGAUGGGAAUCAAUAUAAGGCUCGUGAAUCUCCCUCUAUCCCACUUUUCCUGAGAGAAAGGCCUCAAAUAGUUGGUGUGUUUGUGGAUUAUGAGGAGGGUCUGGUCUCCUUUCAUGAUGUGGAAUCUAGAUCUCUCAUUUAUUCUUUCACUGGUCAGUCUUUCACUGAGAAACUCUUUCCAUACUUCAGCCCUGGUACUAAAAAAGAAGGUAGAAAUUCAGCACCACUGAUCAUCUCACAUGUCAGGUAUAAUAAAUAGAGUUAUAAAUCUGUUAUAUAUAGAUCUCUGAUAUAUGGUGCUACAGCAUUUCGGGAAACCCAAGCUUGAGUCCUGUCUUAUGAUUUUUCCCAAUCCAUUUCCGGUCUCUACUAUUCAGUCAUUCCCUGUCUCUCUUCAAAAAAGAUAAAUACAUAAGAAUAUAAAAAAUCAUUUUCCGUGCUAUGAAUACUUGUUGUUGUCACUUUUUUUGCUAUAGUAUUUGUUUUCCAGCUUUGAAUAUCUGCUGUAAUAUUUUUUAUAUGAAGUUUCAUUGUUUUUCUGAAAGGUCAGAAAUGUUCGCUCAAGCCAUUUUUCUUUUUUUCUGCUCAACUGCUCAACAAA